UUUUAACCAGUAAAUUCUUCCUACUUUCUUCAUCAAUCUGUCACAAACUAUUACAAUUCAGUGAGAAUAAGAUCCCAGAAAAUUUGUAAUUUGCCUCAAGGACAGAUUCUUCUCAUAAUACUUUCCCCCAGUGACCGGCGGAAAAUUAAUUACCACAGACAAGGAAUUAACUCAUGAUUGCAGCACGAUCCACGACUCUGAGGAAUUCCGACAAAUCAGAGAGAAACGGGAGUCGCGGACUUCCGCGUUUAGCCAUUUGUAUCUCUCUCCGUCCCUCUCUCUGUGACAAAUAAUUUGAUUAUGAUUAUAUUAGUUUUCUGAGCAAAAAUGAAGGUUAUCGCUGCCUACUUGCUCUCUGUUCUGGGCGGAAACACCAGCCCUUAUGCCAACGAUUUGAAGAACAUUCUUGGAUCAGUUGGGGCUGAUGCUGAUGAUGAUAAAAUUGAGCUAUUGCUAUCUGAAGUUAAGGGUAAAGAUAUUACAGAGCUGAUUGCAUUUGAAAGGGAGAAGCUUGCUUCAGUGCCUUCUGGUGGUGGUGCAGCCAUUGCGGUGGCUGCAAGUGCUGGCGGCGGCGAGGGUGGUGCUGCACCUGCUACGGAUGAGCCAAAGAAAGAAGAGAAAGAGGAGUCAGAUGAUGACAUGGGCUUUAGUCUUUUCGACUGAGGAAUUCUGAUGUCGGUCUCUGUGUAGGAAGCCAAUUGCUUCCCAUUUUAUAGCACUUGGGCUGAAUUUUUGGUCAGUGGAGGGUUAUUUAUCAGAUGUUUAGAGGGUUUUUUGUUCUUCCUAUGUGUCUUUUGAUUCCGGCAAAUUGAAGUUUUUCCCAUA